AUGCCCUCAUAUAGAAUGGAUAGAAAGUCUGCUAGAAUAAAAGCAGAGUUGCAAAGAUAUGGUUGGAGAGUUUCGAAGAAUUUUAAAUAUAGGAAGGGAAGACCCAUAAAAGUCUAUGACAAAUUGUCUGGUCUUCGCUACGAAAUGGAUUUGGAAACAGCACGUGCCAAUUAUCCAAACAGACUAGAGAGGUUAGAAGAAGAACGUCUUAUGGACAUGCCUUUCGAUGUUAGUGAACCUCAAGUUGAAGGACACGACGGCUUUGCCAGAUUCUACUGGAAACAUGACGAACAAUUGCAUCCUUUGAGAAGGAAAAAAGGAAAAGGUGAAGACGCACAUGCUCCCAUGGAAAGAACAAGAUAUGCAUAUGAAAAGUACCGUGAAGUUAGAAGUCAAAUUACAUCUGGUCGAACCUUUACAGUAAACUUUGACAAAGGAAAGAACAAAGAAGGCUUCAUGGGAGUACUUGCUGCAAUUCAAGACGGAAAUAAGAAAGGACACAAUCUCAGAUUGACCAUAACAGAUUUGGAUGGUCACAUUUACUAUGCACAUGGCAAUGAACAAACAGCCGCAAAACUUCUUGACGCUUUCAAGACUACAAAGAGAGAACAAAUGGUUGACUCCGACUCAGAUAUUUUGAAUGCAAUUGAAGGAAUUGCAAUUGUCAAGUUCGAAUGGUACCAACCUAACCCUCAAGCAGUCAGACAACAUGCUGGAUACUUCCCCUUCAUAAAUAAGUCUGACAUUGACUUGACAAGGUAUGGAAUUUACAAUUCAAUUGAAACAAUUGUCAAUGAACCUUGUAUUCUUACAUGUCUCAGGAACUCUGGUCUUGUUACAGAUGAGAAGAUGAAGUAUCUUGAGUCAUGUGUGAAGACAAGGUACAUUCUCAGAGGUCAAUUGGCAAAAAUUGCACCGUUGGCAAAUGUCAAUAUCCGAGUCAACAUACCUACAGCUAAAGGUUCUUCACAUGACGACUAUGUUGUUGACAAAGACUUACAAUGGUUGAAGAUUGUAAUUGUCCACAACCACUUCAUGUUGAACGAAAGUCUUACAAACCCAUUGUUCGGAAAAGGCAAGUGCAACAUUGUCAGAGCUGUAAACAUUCUUUUCGAGAAAGGUUUGUUGGAACCAAUUCCAGAUGACAAGCUGACAGA